GUCAGUAGGCGUCGCUGCCGUAAAACAAGCCGGCGGUUUGCCGCAUCACGGAAGAUGGCGGCCGCGACGGUGAGUGGAGCCGCCGGUGUCUCGAGCUCGGGUCCCGCCGCGGCGUCAGGAGCGGUUCUGCAGGCCGCGGCCGGCAUGUACGAACAGCUCAAGGGCGAGUGGAACCGCAAAAGCCCCAAUCUUAGCAAGUGCGGGGAAGAGCUGGGCCGCCUCAAGCUGGUCCUGCUGGAACUCAACUUCCUGCCUACCACAGGGACCAAGUUAACCAAACAGCAGCUCAUUCUAGCCCGUGACAUACUGGAAAUCGGGGCCCAGUGGAGCAUCCUACGCAAGGACAUCCCCUCCUUUGAGCGCUACAUGGCCCAGCUCAAAUGCUACUACUUUGAUUACAAGGAACAGCUCCCUGAGUCGGCCUACAUGCACCAGCUCUUAGGCCUCAACCUCCUCUUCCUGCUGUCCCAGAACCGGGUGGCUGAGUUCCACACGGAGCUGGAGCGCCUUCCUGCCAAGGACAUCCAGACCAACGUCUACAUCAAGCAUCCUGUGUCCCUGGAGCAAUACCUGAUGGAGGGCAGCUACAACAAGGUGUUCCUGGCCAAGGGGAACAUCCCUGCAGAGAGCUACACCUUCUUCAUCGACAUCCUGCUUGACACUAUCAGGGACGAGAUUGCUGGGUGCAUCGAGAAGGCCUAUGAGAAAAUCCUCUUCACUGAGGCCACCCGGAUCCUCUUCUUCAACACACCAAAGAAGAUGACAGACUAUGCCAAGAAGCGAGGAUGGGUCCUGGGCUCCCAUAACUACUACAGUUUCGCCAGCCAGCAGCAGAAGCCAGAAGACACCACCAUCCCCUCUACAGAACUGGCGAAACAGGUCAUUGAAUAUGCCCGGCAGCUGGAGAUGAUCGUCUGAGACCGCUUGGCCUGGGCUGAGCGCUCAGGGACAGGCGGGCUAUACAUGGCUGUAAAAGUCAUGGCGCAGCUGUCCUCCAAUAAAGGUGGAUUGACCUCCCUUCCAGGUCCUUGUCUCCCCAGUUGGGAUGGCGGGGAGACAGCCUGGAGAACUUAGAAGCCUGAGUUCUCUUGGGAUUUGCUAGCUAGUAACGGGACCCCCUCCAGUGUGUCCAUCCAGUGGCCAUUGUUCCAGGCCUCAAGCACGGGUGGCCUUAAGUAGAGGGGUUUUUCCAGCCUGCUGUGGGCACAAUGCUGGCCUAGGACAUCACAGUGGGGUAAUGUCUCAACUUUUUAAAGUGUGAAUUAAAUAAUUUUUAUAAUGCUA